AUGGCUCGGUUCUCCAGAAAUAAGAGCGCUCCAGCGCGGACUUCGGCCUGGUCAUGGAUGAUGGCCUUCUACGUCUGCGCUGUUCUGUUCAUGCCUAUGCUCUUUAUGGGCAUGCUCCCCAGCGCGAACGCACAAGAUGCCGACACCAAGGCAGACACGGGCAUUCAAGGACCAGUUAUCGGGAUCGAUCUCGGAACGACAUACUCAUGUGUUGGUAUCAUGAAGGGCGGCAGCGUCGAGAUUCUUGUCAACGACCAGGGUAACCGCAUCACACCUUCUUGGGUAGCAUGGAACGACGAGGAGCGUCUCGUAGGAGAUGCAGCAAAGAACCAGUUCGCAUCCAACCCACACAGGACGGUAUUCGACAUCAAGCGUCUCAUCGGUCGCAAGUACGACGACAAGGACGUACAGAAGGAUAUGAAGCACUUCCCAUUCAGCGUUGUCAACAAGGGUGGACAGCCACGUGUUAAGGUUGACGUUCAAGGAUCCGAGAAGACCUUCACCCCAGAAGAAGUGUCCUCCAUGAUCCUGGGCAAGAUGAAGGAAGUCGCCGAGUCCUACCUCGGUGAAAAGGUCACCAACGCAGUUGUCACUGUUCCAGCCUACUUCAACGACGCCCAGCGUGCCGCCACCAAGGACGCUGGCACGAUCGCCGGUCUCAACGUUCUCCGUGUCGUCAACGAACCCACCGCCGCCGCUCUCGCCUACGGACUCGACAAGACCGACAAGGAACGCCAGAUUAUCGUCUACGAUCUCGGUGGUGGUACCUUCGAUGUCUCCAUCUUGACUGUCGACCAGGGUGUGUUCGAGGUGCAGGCAACUGCUGGUGACACUCAUCUUGGUGGUGAGGAUUUCGACCAGCGUGUCGUUGACUUCUUCGUCAAGAGCUACAACAAGAAGCACAAUACCGACAUCACAAAGAACGCAAAGACCAUGGGUAAGCUGAAGCGUGAGGUCGAGAAGGCCAAGCGCGCGCUGUCCUCCCAGAUGUCCACCAAGAUCGAAAUCGAGGCUUUCCACGAGGGCCAGGACUUCUCCGAGACUCUCACCCGCGCCAAGUUCGAGGAGCUCAACAACGACCUGUUCAAGAAGACCCUCAAGCCAGUCGAGCAGGUGCUCAAGGACGCUAAGCUGAAGAAGAGCGACAUUGACGACAUUGUCCUCGUUGGUGGCUCUACCCGUAUUCCAAAAGUCCAGGCCAUGCUCGAGGACUUCUUCGGCAAGAAGGCCAGCAAGGGUAUCAACCCAGAUGAGGCUGUCGCUUACGGCGCUGCUGUUCAGGGUGGUGUUCUUUCUGGCGAGGAGCAGGCUUCUGAGAUCGUGCUCAUGGACGUCAACCCGCUUACCCUUGGUAUCGAGACCACCGGCGGUGUCAUGACCCACUUGAUCAAGCGUGGUACCACCAUUCCAACCAAGAAGAGCCAGAUCUUCUCGACUGCCGCCGACAACCAGCCAGUGGUCCUUAUCCAGGUCUUCGAAGGUGAACGCUCCAUGACCAAGGACAACAACCAGCUUGGCAAGUUCGAGCUCUCCGGUAUUCCUCCAGCCCCACGUGGCCAGCCUCAAAUCGAAGUUACCUUCGAGCUCGACGCAAACGGCAUUCUCCGUGUGUCCGCUGGCGACAAGGGCAGUGGCAAGAGCGAGUCCAUCACAAUCACCAACGACAAGGGCCGCCUCAGCGCUGAAGAAAUUGACCGCAUGGUUGAGGAAGCCGAGAAGUAUGCCGAUGAAGAUAAGGCAACUCGCGCACGCAUCGAAGCUCGCAACGGCCUUGAGAACUACGCUUUUAGCCUGAAGAACCAGGUCAACGACGACGAGGGUCUCGGCGGCAAGAUCGACGAGGACGACAAGGAGACUCUCAUCGAUGCCGUCAAGGAGGCUACCGAGUGGCUCGACGAGAACGCUGCUACCGCCACCACCGAGGACUUUGAGGAGCAGAAGCAGAAGCUUUCCGAUGUUGCGUACCCAAUCACCAGCAAACUCUACGAGGGAGGUGCGGGUGGCAUGCCAGACUAUGGCGAUGAUGAGCCAUCUGGUCACGAUGAGCUUUAA